CAUGCCCUUCUCCAAGUCUGUCAUGACUGGCUCCUGCCUAUCAUUCACAACUCACCAUACAUGUUGUCUCCUCAGAAAGGCCUUCCUUGGCCAUACAAAUGUAGCCACCCAGUCACACUAUAUCAUACCACCCUAUUUCAAAGAUCAGCAUAGCAUCCAGAGCUGACAUUUUUUGUGUGUAUUUCUCUGUCCCACCUCCCCACCCUCCUCAUUAAAAAGCUCCAUGAGAACAUGGACUAUGUCUGUCCUGUAGCCCCAGCUUCAAGUACACAGUUGGUACUCAAUAAACAUUACUGAAUGUUCCCAUGGAAAUUUCCGUUAAAAAUAUGCAAUAAGGGAAAUAAAGAUAGGGUUCCAAUGAGGACAACUGGUUUGGAAUGGCAAAGUUCUCUAAGGUAUUAAAGAUGACCAAGAAGCAUUAAACGUUUAGGGAUGUUCCACUUCAAUGGCUAGAGAAGUGUAAGCGACUGAGAAGUCUAAAAGGUAGAGUGGUUUCUGAAGCUAGGAAAAAGUGCCAAUGCGGGGUGGCGGCAAGUGUUAUCUCUGUUAAGAAAAACGGGAAUAGGAAAAAGACCGAUGGAUUUGGAAAGGUCAUUUAUGACCAAUGAAUAAAAGUAAAAAAUGUAAAGAGCUUAAGGAGAGAAAGGACAUAGAGGCGGAGUAAUCUGGCAGUAAAGGGAAUUAGUACUCUAGCAGGAUUGAAUGGGUUUUUGUGAGACCUAUUCAUUUCUCAAGCUAAAUAUGCCAGAGAAAAGGAGAGACUGACAGAGAAAAGGAGAGACUGAACAUGCUGUGGGGAAGUUCCUUUUAAAAAAUUUUUUUUGAGACAAAGCCUGGCUUUGUCACCCAGGCUGGAGUGUAGUGGCGUGAACGCAGCUCACUGCAGCCUCGACCUCAGUGGCGCAAGCAAUCCUCCCCCGAGUAGCUGAGACUACAGGCGCACACCGCCAUACCCUGCUAAUUUUUGAAUUUUUGUACUUUUUUGUAUUUAUUAUUAUUUUGUAGAGACAGAGUUUCGCCAUGUUGUCCAGGCUGGUCUCGAACUCCUGAGCUCAAUCAGUCGUCCCACCUCGGCCUCUCAAAGUGUUGGGGUUACAGGCAUGAGCCACUGCGCCGGCCAGGGAGAGGUUAACCAGGUUAAUGGACCCCUAGGGUGUCCACAUGGCACCUUCAGGGACUCUGAAACGCAGAAAUGAUAUGCAAAAUUUUGGGUGCACACAGGCGAUGGGGGUGGAAGUAGGAGAAGAGAAUUCGUAGCUUUAUUGUUUUCUAAACGGUCGCGACCCAAAGGUUAAUAACGACUGCUGAAGAGAGUAGAAAAAGUUUUUAAAAAGGAAGCCCAGAGAAGGGCUAAACUUUAGAAAGAAAAAAGGAAAACAUCUUUCCUAUCCAAGGAAAACCUAUAAACAGAUGGAGAAGUCCACAGUUGCAGCAUCUGGGUAAAACACAGAAGACAGAGCUGGAAACCGCGGGCGGCUUGUGCCAACAUGCUCAGGGAAGGCAAACGGAAGAAGACGCCGGUGCUCCCUAGCGCAGGAGGUCCUAAGGCCGGGAAUCGCUGGCCUUGCCUCUCAGGACCCGGGCUGACCCAAGGGAGGGAGAAGCCCUCAUCGCCAGCGGGGGGACCCAUCAGAGCGCCGGCGCAGGGACAAGACUCGGCCAGGCCGUGCGUCCGAGCUUCUCCACAGCCGCCGCACUUCCCUGCUGCCUUUGGGAUGCGGCCUCCAGCCCCGCCUCGCCACUGGCCGUCAUCUCUGAAUCAUCCCGCCCAUUUCGACAUCUUCCUUCCCCGCCUUCGGCUCUCGGCCUGGCGCAGAGCCCAGUGACAGCCGGGGCCCGGGGAACCUCAUUCAUUCAACACUUGGCUGGGUUUACUGUGCGAAUGUGGAUGCGAGGCUCAGUACCGGCCGCUGGGGCCUGAGGAGCACCGGGUCCGGCCAGAGGGCCCAAUACUCCAGACCCGACCAGAGUCUAGCGGGCCGCCGCGGUCCCCCAUGGCGGUGAGGCGGUUCCCGGCCCGUAUGUCGCAACCGCUCCCCGGACAGGCUGCGGGUCGCGCCAGCCAGGGGAUAACCGGCCCAGGCCGGCCCCGCCUCACGCCCGCGACGAGAUCCCGCGGGAACACAGCUCUCCGGGGCCAGGGCCGCCCGCUCUCCAGCCACGCAUCUCAGAAUUUGAGGAGCGCACUGGAGCGCGGGUCGUUAACGGCGCCCGUCAGCAGUUUGACGUUGAAGGCCUGUCACCGCCCCGCCCCCAACGCGAUCCCGCGCACAGGGACCGCAGCUCGACAGACGCUAGUGAGGGGCCCGAAGUCGGGCCCUAGAGUCCCUGGGCGCGUCGCUCUUUCUGUAGCCAAUCGGGGACCGAUGUGGUGCGGGCCAAUGGCCGCGGUCAAAGUAUCAAGAGUGGUUGAGCCUAUCAAAGUUCAGCCUUAAGUUUCUCCCGCCCUUCUAAAAAGUCAGAGGCGGGUUGAUCGCACAUGUCGGCCAAUCAGUGACCAAUAAACAAGAAGCUUCCAAGAUCAAAGGGGAAAAGGUGGGAUCUAGGCGCUAGCAACGCCUCAGGGCGGAGGAAUGACAGGCGACUUCGCUAAUACUACCGGCUGAUUUUUCCUACACCCGGAUGCAGAGUCUACAGCCUGACCCAGCUGCCCGCUAUCGCAAUGUGUUGGAGGCCCUCUGGAGGAUUAUAAGAACGGAGGGCCUAUGGAGGCCCAUGAGGGGGCUGAACGUCACAGCAACAGGCGCAGGGCCUGCCCACGCCCUUUAUUUUGCCUGCUACGAAAAGUUAAAAAAGACAUUGAGUGAUGUAAUCCACCCUGGGGGCAAUAGCCAUAUUGCCAAUGGUGCGGCCGGGUGUGUGGCAACAUUACUUCAUGAUGCAGCCAUGAACCCUGCGGAAGUGGUCAAGCAGAGGAUGCAGAUGUACAACUCACCAUACCACCGGGUGACAGACUGUGUACGGGCAGUGUGGCAAAAUGAAGGGGCCGGGGCCUUUUACCGCAGCUACACCACCCAGCUGACCAUGAACGUUCCCUUCCAAGCCAUUCACUUCAUGACCUAUGAAUUCCUGCAGGAGCACUUUAACCCCCAGAGACGGUACAACCCAAGCUCCCACGUCCUCUCUGGAGCUUGCGCAGGAGCUGUAGCUGCAGCAGCCACAACCCCACUGGACGUUUGCAAAACACUGCUCAACACCCAGGAGUCCUUGGCUUUGAACUCACACAUUACAGGACAUAUCACAGGCAUGGCUAGUGCCUUCAGGACGGUAUAUCAAGUAGGUGGGGUGACCGCCUACUUCCGAGGGGUGCAGGCUAGAGUAAUUUACCAGAUCCCCUCCACAGCCAUCGCAUGGUCUGUGUAUGAGUUCUUCAAAUACCUAAUCACUAAACGGCAAGAAGAGUGGAGGGCUGGCAAGUGAAGUAGCACUGAAUGAAGCCAGGGGUUCAGAUGACACUGCUGCAUCCUGCUCACAUUCUCUGUCUCCUGGAAUGCUCCCACCUCAAGUGGAGUUAGAAGGAAGGUAGAGGGGCUCUCCCCCAGGAUUUUGGUGUUUUGACUAACACCAGUUCCUGCCAACCUCUGUUGCCACCACCUUUCCUUCCAGGCCCUAAGCACGUGCAGCAAAGCACACCACAGCACCUUUGAUAACCUCUGUCCAUCCUGGGCCUGAUGACCUGCUCUAGACUGUUAUAGAGGGAUAAGCAGCUCAUUCCCCUGGUUCCUAAUAAAAAGCCUUUAAAUUAAA